AUGGCAACGAUGAGAAGUGCGAACGUCUUGAUAUAUGCGUCGAGUGUAAGUGGUGUUAUUAUGAUCGUGUCUAUCGCAUUCAUUACAGUAUUGAUUCGACAGACAAAUUUAUUUUACGAUGAAUUUAUGAACGAUAUGAAUGAAUUUCAAUUUGCUGCCAACAACGCUUGGAAUGAUAUGCAUUCAAUGCAACCAUCCUUGCACUCGGCUCAUCCCAAACGACCCAAACGACAAUCCCAAUGUGCGUGCAGUGCGCAGCCAAACAAAUGCCCACCUGGUCCACAUGGACCCACAGGAGAUCCUGGACCGAAUGGUGAAGAUGGAUUACCAGGUUUACCCGGAAAAUCGGGUUCAAAUGCUGCUUCAUUCGCUCCUACAGAAUUAGCGAUGGAUGGAUGUAUUCCAUGCCCAGCUGGUCCACCAGGGCUGCCAGGAGAAGACGGUGAACCCGGCCGAAGAGGACCUGAUGGUGUAAGAGGACCAGCAGGCUUAGCGGGACGGGAUGGACUGCAUGGUGUUUCUGGAGCUAAAGGUGACCGUGGAGCGCCAGGGCCACCUGGAAAAGCUGGUCCAGCCGGUCCAGCCGGUAAAAAUGGCAUAAAAAGGAAGAGUGUUCGCGGUCCCAGAGGACCACGAGGCGAGCCAGGACCCCAAGGUAAUCCUGGUCAAAACGGUCGAGAAGGUGAGUCUGGUGAGAUGGGACCAGAAGGACGACAGGGUUCAGCAGGAGCAUCUGGACGAAUGGGUCGAAAUGGUAUUCCCGGGAGAGCUGGUGAGCCGGGUAUUCACGGUACUGAUGCUUUCUAUUGUCCAUGUCCAAAAAGAAGUGAACUUGUUGAUGCAAUUACGAGCAAUCUUGAAAUGAUAGGAAACUUGAAGCUUAAUGAAGAGAGUGGGAAGGAAGAAACUAAGGUGAUGGAUGAAGGAAAUGAAACACAUCGAGAAGACGACGAGGACGAAGAUGUAGAUGACGGAUAUGGAAGGGAGUUGAGAUGUGAGGUGGUUGAUGACUGGAACGAGAAUGACAUCGACUUAUUGCUCAACGGUGAGAACUCAACCAGACCUGACGACAGAGACUUGACGAACGAAGUGAAAAGAAACACUCGUUGCCCAGAUACCAGGAAAUGA